AGCCGGCACUAAAUCACCUAUCAGAGCACUUUCCCAAUCUCCAGCCGUUCCUCUGGGGAAGAGUUAAAAUGCAACUUCUGCUUCCAGAUGCAAUCAAAGACUCACAGGAUUAGCCCAAAGUAAAUCUCUCCGCCACAUGUGGAGGAACAGGUUGCCUGCUGAGGUCAGUCCUCAAUCUGCUGCUUUCAUUCCCAGUCUGAGCCGUUGCUUCAGAAGGAAAGCUGAUCAGAUACAGAGCAGCCGACUGAGAGAAUGACAUUGAUACACCUCCCCAUCUUUUUCUCCGGAGUUUUCCUGUGGAUUACACCAUUAUUGAGCGCUUUUCUCUUGGACAGGGCUACUGAACUGCUGAGUCUCUCCAACAGGAAUCAAACGGAGCACAUGUUUGGCUCAGGGAUUCCCAGAAUCAGGCGGAAACGUUACAUUUCUCCCAGAGACAUGAGCGCCUUGUUGGACUAUCAUAACCAAGUGCGGUCUAAAGUAUUUCCUCCAGCUGCUAAUAUGGAAUACAUGGUGUGGGACGAGAGGUUAGCAAAGUCUGCAGAGUCGUGGGCAAAUCAGUGCAAGUGGGACCAUGGACCCAAUCAGCUUAUGCGCUACAUAGGGCAAAAUCUCUCUGUUCAUUCUGGCAGAUAUCGGUCAAUAGUGGAUCUCGUGAAAGGUUGGUAUGAUGAGAGGCAGCAUUAUUCCUUUCCCCAUCCGCGAGAGUGUAACCCCAGCUGCCCUAACAAGUGCACUGGCGCAGUGUGCACCCACUAUACCCAGAUGGUAUGGGCAUCGUCCAACAGAAUAGGGUGUGCCGUCAAUAUCUGCACUAAUAUAAACGUCUGGGGCAGCACAUGGAGGCAGGCAUCUUACCUAGUGUGCAAUUAUUCUAUAAAAGGCAACUGGAUAGGAGAGGCUCCAUAUAAGUUGGGACGCCCUUGCUCUGCUUGUCCGCCCAGUUAUGGAGGUGUCUGUAGCAACAACAUGUGUUUCUCUGGAGUAAAAUCCAAUAAGCUGACCUGGUUUUAAUAUGCUAUUGUUCUGAAUACUUGGGGGCAGAGGGUUACAUUUUUGUUUGGGGUGGCGACUGAUAGAAAUAUAUCAAUAUAUAGCAGUGGAUUCUAAAUAUGAAUUAGUCUCCACCUAUGUGAAUACUCUGGUAUGGAUUUUUUUAAGUAAAAUAAGUAAUUUUUUUCAAGGCCACCAGUCAACUGUCUUAUAUUUGGAAGACCUUAUUUUCAUCAGAAGAGAUGUUUUCCUAAAUGACUUCACUUGCAUGAUGUAAGAACAGAAUGUGCCUUAAUGCAAUGUGGCCUGCAUAUAUCCGCCACUCAAAGAAGUAUAUGAACAUCCAUACAAAACCAGAGUGAGAUCCUUUACUAUAUAGUGGUAGUGUGGCCCUAAUAAAUUGUUAUUAGAAGCACUGAGAAUAACAAUUGCCAUUAGAAGGAAGCUAAUAUCCCUUGCCUUUUACCUGUGAAUUACAAUUGCAUUAUUUUUUUAGAUUUAUGUAUUUUUCUAAGUUGCCUUCCAACCACAAGCCUGGCUUUUUAAAAAGGGCAGUUUGCAACAGGGACUCAUAGCACUAAAGAGAAAUACUUAACAGAAAGUUCCAGUCUCUUAAUUGGCAACACCAAGAAAGGCUGUGGUAUCAGCCUGUAGUGGGUCAUGUAGAUAUUUCUCCAUGCAGGGUCAGACUGGGGUUUGAGAGGACCACCAGGGCUGGUACUCCAGGGGACCCUCACCCCCUCAGGGGGCCACAAUCACCCGCCUGCUGGCUCACCCACCACUAGCCCCUCCCCCUCCCAAAUAUGUACCUUAUACUUCUCCAUGACUGGGGGAGGGAGGGCAGUGGGGGAGCAGCAGAAGUGGGGAUCAGGUCUGGGUUGACGGGGCUCCUGAGGGCCAGGGCCCACCGGAUUUUCUCCCGUCGGCCCAGUCUCCAUGUGUUGGAACAAAGUUGUAGAACAGUUUUGUGUAGCUUCUUAAUGCGUCAUUAAGAUUAAUGGGCGUUAAGACAAUUUAUUGGUAGAAGGAGCUUUUUGACCUAAAUGAGAUAAGCAUCCAAAGCUUUUGACUACCAAAAGUGACACAAUGGGGGGAAUUCACAAAAGUGGUGAUAUUGAGACAAAAUAAAAAUGGAGAUAGAUUUGUCGGAUUUUCCAC